CUAUAUCUUAUAGCUAUCGUUUGCCUGAAAGUUAGAGGUUUCGAGGUCACUCUGAAAUCCCAGUUCCAUCUGUCGUCAGUAUGUCCACCAGCACAACGCUGUUAACCGGCGGAUCAGGGUUCGUGGGGGCUACAGUCCUCGAUGAGCUGCUCGCCCAGAAUCACAACGUUGUUAUUGCCGUUCGCUCCCCGUCUUCCGCCGAAUCGCUGCUCGCCAACAACCCGUCGUGGCCCGUGUCCAAGAUCAAAAUCCACCCAGUCCCCGACUUCACCGUCCCCGGCGCUUUCGACUCUGUCUUCCAGGCACACCCAGACAUCGAGUACAUUGUUCACGUGGCGGCGCCCAUGGUCGAUAUCCCCGACAGCACGAGCUUUGAGGAGUCCUUUGAGAAGCCCAAUGUGCUGGGAAAUCUGGGUUUGCUCCAGAGCGCCAAGGCGUACGGGAAGAAUGUGAGAGCCGUGAGUGUUACGGGGAGUCUGAACGCGAUCACACUCGGCAACCAGGAGGACAUCAAGAGCCGAGUUUUCGGCAGCGGGGAGUGGUUGCCCUUGGGAAGGGAGGAUGCGGUGCAGGCGGAGAGUAAUUAUAUCUCGUACUGCGUUGGCAAAAAGCUCGCCGAGCAAGCCAUUUGGAAGUUCGUGGAAGAAGAAAAGCCUUCCUUCACCGUGACCAACUUCAUGCCGCCCUUGAUCUUUGGUCCCAUGUUGCAGAAAGUGGGUGGGGUAGAGAAGAUCAAUUUCAGCAACGGCCUGAUUUAUGGUAUCAUGAACAGCAGGAAGGGCGAGGGUGGGAAGGUGCCAGCGACGGCGUUUCCAGGAUGCAUUGAUGUCCGCGACCUCGCGAAAGUUCAAAUCGCUGCACUCAGGAAUCCCAGGGCAGCAAAUAAGCGGUUUGUCGUCGGGCAUCCCAUGAUCUUCAAUCAGAUUGCCGAUGCGUUGCGGAAGGAGUCUGCGUUGAAUAUCUCGGAUCGUAUUGGCGAGGAUAAUGACGAGGCUUCCACUCUGACACUUCCGAGGCUCGAUACGAAGGACGUAGAUGAAGUGUUCCAGUACGAGUGGACACCCUUAGAAGUGACUGUGAGGGACACUGCAGCUGCUUUGCUCAAAAUUGAGACACCUGGGGCUUGAGUGGCAUGAGGCAUCUUUGCGGAGACAGCGGACGUCGGGGUUGUUCUCUCUGGACCAGUAUCAUCUUGGUAGUGGAAGAAUCUCGCAACAUAUGACGCUUGUCAUGGACCAUCAGAUAGACAAUGUUUACCUCAUGAUCGG